CCGCCAUCACCACGACCUCCACUUUCAUCACCACCACCACCUCUCUGGAACCCAAAGCGUCUAGAUCUCCAGACUUUCUGCUGCUACAUCACUAGGCCUCAAGCACACUGUUUCCUUUGCCGGGAUAAAUUUGUACCUACAACCUUUUUCGAAGCACGGUCUGAGGGACCUGGGUUUGUGCCCUUUUUUGGUUUUCGACUUGUUUUCGUGCUUUCCAUACAAAUUUGACACUGUGGCUGAAGCAGCUAGCGCAACAGGGCGGGUGCCACACCCCAGUGCUUAUGUUGAAUUUGGAUUAUCCAUGGGAGCCGGCGUGAGCAGCUGUUGCAGUUCCGCUCUCGAAUCAAAUGAACUCCAUGUACAAGUCGGGCAAGAGGCAUCUGUUUCCCAGAUGGUUUUGGUGGAGGCGAAAUCCUCCCGCUUCACUGCUUUCCGCUCCAUGACAAUGUUCGGCGGAUUGCGCCAAAAGGCACAGCUUGGGGACAAUGUCGAUGAAUUGCCGAUAUGCCCGCUUCAUGGUGUCUCAUUGAGUUUUAUGCAGGAAUUUGGCGCGGCCAACAAGACAAAGGUCGGCGCGAAAGACUAUUCUAUAGGCGGGCUUUGCGUCAAAGUUAUCAAGCCCGUUACGAUGUUCAAGAAUGGCAAGCCGUGUUUGACAACGGAAGAAGCAGACACACUUUUGUCUUAUGCGGAGGUAGGUUUUCGGGAUGACAUUACUGAUGAGAAGAAGCGGCCAGCCUUUGUCGACAUGGCAAUGCACUUUGUUUCCCAUGCCUGGAGGUAUGAUUUUGCAACCUUUCUAAGCGCUCUGGCCAAUUGGGACUCCCACCAAGGUAGGGAUGAAUUUACCUACUUUUGGGUUGAUGCAUUUGUCGUCAACCAGCACAUUGCUGACUCGUAUCCCAUGGAAUGGUGGUCGACUCGGUUUGCUCAAGCUGUUGGUGAUGUUAGAAGCACCAUCCUGGUGUCAUUGCCUUGGGAGGACCCUAUUCCAUUGAAACGCGUUUGGGUGAUUUGGGAAAUUUUCUGCACGAACCAGAUGGGAGCCCGCUUUGACAUUGCAAUGCCAAAGGACACAAUGGAUAAUUUCAGAGAAGCAUUGAUAAACUCCUUCACCACCGUGCAGACAGCACUGAGUGGAGUAGACGUUGGUUUAAGCUCUGCAUAUCACAAAAGUCACCAGGAGAUGGUUCAUGAUGAGAUCCGACGGACCAUAGGAUUUACCAAGCUGAAUGAAAUGGUGCAGCUUCGUAUGACACGCUGGUUGACUGGAGCAGCUACCCGAGAGCUUCAAAUCAUGAAGAAAGCUGCAAGUGCAAAGAACAAAAAGGAGCGAAUCGGACUCCAGGACAACCUUGGUCGCAUGCUGCGAGAGAGCGGCAAUUUCGAAGGUGCCGAGUACUACUUCAAGGAGCUCCUCCAAGAGAUCGAGCAGACAUACGGAAAGGAUCAUGCAUUGGCGCUCAGCUGCCUCAAUCAGCUUGCAGUCACUUUGCAGAAGGCGAAUCACAUUGACGAGGCUUUGCAGAGGCACCGAGACUGUCUACAGCGCAGAAAGCGGGUUCUUGGAGAGAACCAUGAGGAGACGUUACAGAGCGUUUCCAACUUGGCAGUUCUUCUAAGCUUGCAUCGGCCCUUGACAGCUGAAGUCUUUCAGGAAGCUCGCGAGCUUUACAGCCAAGCUGUGAAGGGGCGAGAGAUGACAAUCGGAGCAAAGGACCCCCGAACACUGUACACGCUGAGCAACUUUGCUCGCUUUCUUUCCGAGGCACCUGAACCUUCAAAUGACCUCUUCACGGAGUCGGAGCAAUUGCAUCAACGUGCAGUCCAGUCCCUCAAGGACUUGCUGCAGCAGGGACAUCCGCUUACACUGUCAGCGAUGCACAAUCAAGCAUGCUCCUGGCUAGAUCGAUGUCUUUUUGACAAUAAAUGCGACGCAGGUGGACCGAUCGAUGAAUCUGUUUCACAGUUACGUCUCGUACACAAGCUCCGAAUUGAAAAGCUUGGAAAGGAGCACCCAGACACCCAACAAACCGAGAGAAAGCUCCAAGAGAUCACUCGCACCCAAAAGCAGCUUUCGCAAAGGAAUCGUGGAGCUGAACAAGGAAAGCUGGAAUCUUUCUCCUCCUUUGAGGACUUCUACCAUGCUCACUUUGAGACGGUCUGCUCUGCAGAGGAUUUCAAGCAGGUCCGCAAGCAUAUGCAUGAAGGCAUGGCUGCGGAUCUUGUUUUCGACGACCUCUUGGCAACAGGAUUCAUUGAUGAGGAUGGUUUCAUGACAACAGGCAUGCAGCCCUAUAAUUUCUUGGCUCACAUCAUCUCGGGGGAUCUUGUUCAGCGCAAAUGCGAAGUGGAGCAAGAAUACUUGGGCCCUCACAGAGUGAACUUUGUGGUUGCCCACAACAAGCCCGAAAGUGAGGAGAUGUGGUCCAGCUCAGAUCCAAGCUGGAUCGGGAAGGCCAGCAUGUCCCAAAAUCACAGGUUCCUGGCCUUCAAGAGUUUGCGCUGGGAAAACUUCAAUGUGAUCUCCAUUGGCUUGGAAUGCGGGUCUAUGCUUGCCUUAGAAAACCUCAAGGCCAUGAAAGAUGCUGCGACACACUGGGUGCAGAGUGCUCCUGGCUGGUCCGAGAACACGGGCUUCUAUUUAGCAGUAUGGCCCUUGACUACAAUUCCAUGCAUGCACUUGCACAUGGUGGACCUCUCCUGCAUUGGACCAUCCUUUGAGAGGCUUUCGAAGAAGAUGCUCCCCCUCAAUGAUGCGAUUCAGGUGCUCGAAGCCGAAGUUGCCCAAGGCAUCGGCACGCCACCACAAUGAGUUGAUGCCAAAUCUAAAUCCCGCAAUUGCAGUUGAUGCUGGCACCUGCGGCAUCUCUUGCUCAAGAGCUGCUCCAAAAUCAAUGCCUGUGCAGCCUUGAUUUUCGGCUCGUGCUGGGUUUCACCACACACUGCUGUUGGAUGCGGGUAAGAAUAUGAGAUUCCCUGUCUGAAAGCAUCGCAAAUGCGAUGCCUUCCAGACAGAUCAAAUGUGAACCGUGGCCAGCAUUUCCCACCCUAGUGCUGCAUCGG